AUGUGCGUGUUUCUCGUGAUGCCGCUGGACCCGGUGGCGCUUGACUCUGAGCAGCGCGAUUUGGGCGAUGGUGCGGUGUGUUCGCCCGACGGCUCGCUGCACAGCGGCGGCGGUGCGAGCAGCUCCGGGCACAGCAGCGACAGCGACGACCUCGGCGACGACUGCUUCAGCCCACCCGCCUUGGCUGACGGCGGGUGGCUUGUGGAAAGCUGCUUGUGA